AGAUUCUCUCACUUAGUUACUGAGUUCGUUCAGACGCACCGGAGACGGUUCUGGAGCCGGUUUUAAGCCAAUGGUUUGUAAAGUUUUAAAACCGUAGAAGUUGUCUUUUAGCAGGUAGGGGGCAAAAGGUGGAGGCUGAGACGGAAAAUGGGUAAAAAACGGGACGAGGAGAAUCCGACGUCUGCAUACGGAGAACCUGCUCAGUACGACCCAACCUUCAAAGGUCCCAUCCACAACAGAGGAUGCACCGACAUCAUCUGCUGUGUUCUGUUUCUGCUCGUCGUCCUCGGCUACAUAGCAGUUGGAAUUUCAGCUUGGCUCUUUGGAGAUCCUAGACAUGUCCUUUAUCCAAGGAAUUCAACAGGGUGGUACUGUGGCAUUGAACCAAAUGAAAAUCGGCCUAAUCUGUUCUACUUUGAUGUUCUCAAAUGUGCCGUGUCUGUGAACAUUAUGGCACAGUCUCUUAAUGGUUUCCAGUGUCCAACCACACAGGUGUGUGUAGAACGAUGCCCCACUGACUUCUACGCUCUCACACCUCUUGAUUAUUUCGAAAAUCCCGUAGACGUUUUCAAUGCAAGCCUGUGUGUGCCGUCCUUCGACCUGACAACGACCGACCUGACCGUUCAACAAAUUGUGGACCAGGAUCUCUGUCCUUUCUUCUACGUACCCACAAUCCCUGUGCUGGGGAGAUGUUUGCCCGAUGCUUCAGCCCUGAACGUGAUCCCUUCAUACUUCUCCAGUGUUCCCGGCCUCCCCUCCUCCAUCAAUGAAACCUCCAACACCAUCAGGAACGGCACUGUGGACGUUGUGAACGGAUUCAGCGCCAGAGACAUCGGCCUCCGAAUCUUUGAGGAUUUUGCAUCGUCGUGGCCGUGGAUUCUUGUUGGUCUGCUGAUAGCCAUGCUGGUCAGUUUGCUCUUCCUGCUGCUGCUGAGGUUCAUCGCUGGCAUCAUGGUGUGGGUCCUCAUCAUAGGAGUCCUGGGGGCCGGAGCUUACGGGAUCUGGCAUUGCUACUGGGAGUAUGAGAACUUCAAAGACGCCAGCAUCAGCGAUGUUGGUUUAACCACCAACUUCCAAACCUAUCUGCAAGUUCAGGAGACCUGGCUGGCCUUCUUGAUCAUCAUAUCGGUGGUGGAGGGGAUCAUUCUUCUGACCGUCAUCUUCCUGCGGACUAGAAUCCUCAUAGCCAUCGCCCUCAUCCAGGAGUCCAGCAAAGCCAUCAGUCACAUGAUGUCUGCUCUGCUCUACCCUCUGGUCACCUUCGUCCUCCUGCUGGUGUGUGUCGCUUACUGGGGCGCCACGGCUUUAUAUUUGGCCACUUCAGGCGACCCGAUCUACAAAGUGGUGGCCCUCAACGCCACGAUGGACGACUGUGAAAGCAUCAACGGGACCGCCGACUGUGAACCUGAGACCUUCAGCCCGUCAGAUUACCCAGGAUGCUCCUCAGUCAGCUGCAUCUUCAUCAAGUACAACGAGGAGGGUCUCUUCCAGAAGAGCGCCAUCUACCUGCAGAUCUUCAACGCCGUGGCUUUUCUCUGGUGUGUCAACUUUGCCAUCGCUCUGGGUCAGUGUACGCUGGCCGGGGCCUUCGCCUCCUACUACUGGGCCUUCAACAAACCCGAAGACAUCCCAACGUUCCCUGUGUGUGGCGGCUUCAUGCGCUCACUGAGGUACCAUGUGGGCUCCUUGGCGUUCGGUGCUCUGAUCCUGACCCUGAUCCAGAUUAUCAGGAUUGUUCUGGAGUACAUCGACCACAAAACCAGCGGAGCCCAGAAUCCAGUCGCUCGUUUCAUACUGACCUGCUUGAAGUGCUGCUUCUGGUGUCUGGAGAAGUUCAUCAAGUUCCUUAACAGGAACGCCUACAUCAUGAUCGCCAUUUAUGGGAAAAACUUCUGCGUUUCAGCCAAAAACGCCUUCAUGCUUCUAAUGAGGAACGUAAUCAGGGUCGUAGUGCUCGAUAAAGUGACAGAUCUGCUGCUGUUCUUCGGGAAGCUCCUGGUGGUCGGAGGAGUUGGUGUUUUGUCCUUCUUCUUCUUCUCUGGACGAAUCGUGCUGCCAGGCAACACUUUCCAGUCUUCAAGCCUCAACUACUACUGGAUGCCCAUCAUUACGGUGGCGUUUGGCAGCUACCUCAUCGCUCACGGCUUCUUCAGCGUCUACAGCAUGUGUGUCGACACGCUGUUCCUCUGCUUCUUGGAGGACUUGGAGCGUAACGAUGGAUCCAUGGAGAAGCCGUACUUUAUGUCCAAAAGCCUCAUGAAGAUCCUCAACAAAUCCAACAAAACGCCAAAGAAGCGUCGAGAAAACUGACGUCGUUUUUCCUCCUUCAGAGUUCAUAAAACCUCAGCAGCAGCGUCCCACAUGUUCAGGUUGUUUUCACCUUUUAACUUCACUCCGUUUUCCUUCCAGAUACGUUUACCAGAACUGAACUGCUGAUUUUGCACGUUUUAAUGAUUGUGUGUUUCUUCUACAUGUUUGUCUGUAGUAUUAAUACCUGUGCAUAGAAAUGGACUGAGUGUGGGACUGAAAGGAAUGGGAUUCUUUAUCCUACUUGACACAUUUCUUCAUUUGUUGAAAGAGUUUUGUAGCAUUUUGUUCCUUGUUUUAAACGACACUUCUGAAUGUUUCUGCUGUUAACAUUUUAGACGUUUUAUUGCGUCGGUUCUUCCACAUUAAUGCCAGUAAGUUUCAGGUUUUGUAGAGAAAAUGUGAUUUCUUAGACGGAACAAAAGUGUUUGUAACAAAAACUGUUGUUAAACACAUAUUAUAUAAACAUAUAUUUUUAGAUAUUGUUUGUAAAAAGGUUGUUCUGUAAAAGCAAAUAUUUUUAUGGCAAAAUUGUUGAUUGUAUUGAAAAUUGUAAAAUAAAUUAUGAGCUGUAAAUAUAAAUGUGACAUCAGUCAAUAAAUAUGUUCGUCGUCUGAUCAUUCCAUUGAA